AUGGCAACACUUGCCCAUGGAAUAUUCAAUUGGCAUUGGGAAAAGUUCUCCCGUUAUCUACGCAACGAGCAUGGAAUGCUCAAUAAAUUUAAAAAUGAUACAAUUGAAUUAAUGGAAAAUGUUGGAGCCCCAAUGGACUUGGAGUUUUAUAAUGCAGAACAUUGGGUUCCACAAGUUGUGGACUUUUGGAACAACAAAUAUAAAGGACAACAUAUUAUUAAAGUUUUUAUUUUUGGUUCAAUUGGGCAUUAUGAACCAGACUACAAGUAUGGGCCUGAUAAUUUCGAUACUCCUAUUAUUCUUCUGUACAAGAAUGAACACUUUGAUGGUGUAAAAUGGGCCAAUGCACUUUUCGGUCAACCAUACUGUUUACACUGUGAGAAAGUUUAUGCCCGAGCCUCUACACAUACAACAUCUUGUAAAGCUCGAUGCAUCAAAUGCUCGCGUGUUGGUCCUGGCUUCCCAUGCAGAAUUGUUGCAGCAUUCAACAAGCUUUGCCAAAUCUGCUCCAAGAUAUUUUAUAACCACGGAUGUUAUCAACAUCAUUUACAAUCUGGGUUUUGUCGAAUCUCGAAACAAUGUGAAAAAUGUGGAGUGGUGUGGAAUGUGAAUGAUAACAACAAAAAAGGGAGAAAAGGACAUGUAUGCAGUGAAAAAUACUGCACUACAUGUGGAGACUACCACGAUCCAAAGAGAGGAUGUUUUAUCAAACCUUUGGAGCUGAAAAACAACAAAAAAUAUAGAAUAAUCGCUUUUGACUUCGAAACGACACAAUAUUUACCUUCAGCUGACAACAAAUGUAAACGUCAUGAAGCUAACUUUAUUUGUGCCAAAGUUACAUGUCCAACAUGUAUUUCUGAGGAAAAAGAUUGCCAAGUAUGUGGUGAAAAUCGUCUUAUCACCUUUUCUCAUCGAUCUUUCAAUGGGACAAAAGUUGAUAAAAUGGUUAUCUCUCCCAAUCCAUUGGAGGCUUUUGUAGAAUGGAUUUUAAAUGAUCUGCCUCAACAAUAUGAUACUGUGGCUUUUUCACACUUUGGUGGAAGAUUCGACAUGGUUCUUGUCUUUAAGGAAUUAUUUUUGAGAGGUAAAAUUUUAUUUUUUAAAUAAAAAGAAAUUUU